AUGAAUUGUAGGUGGACUCUCAGGGCAGCGAAAGGCCACUGGAUGGUGAACAUCAUCCAGCAGUGCUCACAUGGAUCCAUUGGGUUAUUUGUGCCACCAAGUCCACCUCUAGACCCUGAGAAGAUCAGAGAGUUACAGCGCUUCAUCACCCUGUCCAAGAGACUCCUAGUGAUGACUGGGGCAGGAAUCUCCACUGAGUCGGGGAUCCCAGACUACAGGUCAGAAAAGGUGGGACUCUAUGCCCGCACUGACCGGAAACCCAUCCAGCAUGGGGAUUUUCUACGGAGUGCUCUAGUCCGCCAGCGGUACUGGGCGAGAAACUUUGUCGGCUGGCCUCGGUUCUCCUCCCUCCAGCCUAACCCUGCACAUUGGGCCUUGAGCAACUGGGAGAGACUCGGAAAGCUGUACUGGCUGGUGACCCAAAAUGUGGAUGCCUUGCACACUAAAGCAGGGAGUCAGCGCCUGACAGAACUCCAUGGAUGCAUGCACAGGGUCCUUUGCUUGAACUGUGGUGAACAGAUUCCCCGGGAGGUGUUACAAGAGCGUUUUGAAGCUCUGAACCCCACCUGGAGUGCCGAGGCCCAUGGCCUGGCUCCUGAUGGCGACGUCUUUCUCACAGAGGAGCAGGUACGGAGCUUUCGGGUCCCGUCCUGCCGAUGUGGAGGCCCCCUGAAACCAGAUGUCGUUUUCUUCGGGGACACAGUGAACCCUGACAAGGUUGACUUUGUGCACAGGCGUGUAAAAGAAGCUGACUCCCUCUUGGUAGUGGGAUCAUCCUUACAGGUUUACUCUGGCUACAGGUUCAUCCUCACUGCCCGAGAGAAGAAGCUCCCAAUUGCAAUACUUAACAUUGGGCCCACACGGUCAGAUGACUUGGCGUGCCUGAAACUGGAUUCUCGCUGCGGAGAACUGCUGCCUCUAAUAGACCCCUGCUGACCACAGUCUGAUGCUCCUGAGUCAGAAACUGGGACUUUCACUUGAAUCCUGCUCUUAAAGAUCCUUGAGGAUUCCUC